AUGCUGGGACUCACGUUUGCUGCCGCAGGGGCUGUGGCAGGGGCUGCACAGGGACUGGUGAAGGUCACCGGCAAGGAGAUGCUGGGCCUGGUGCACACCAGCCCGGCCCCUGGCAGGCCUGCGUACCACCACCUGCACAAGCCCCUGAUCAACCUGGUGGUCGUGGGUGACCAGGGCUGCGGCAAGGCAGCACUGGUGCAGGCCUUUGCGGGGGGCCGGCAGCAGGAGGUGGCCGCAGCCGCCUCCACCAGCACCCAGAGCCGCGCCGACUUCCAGCUCCUGCAGUGUGUGGUGGAUGAGCAGCAGCCCGUGUCCCUCUGUCUCUGGAACGUGCGCAGCAGGGAGGAGGCCCGAGACCUGGGAUCAGUCUUCUACUCCCUUGCCUCUGCCUUCCUUGUGGUGUACAGCCCCGGGCAGCAACAUCCAGCAGAGGCGCUCGAGCACUGGGCGGCGCAGUGCGGCGGCGGCGCCGCAGCGGGCGCGCCGCCGCUUGUUGUGGUGGCCAGCUGCCGCCCCGACGGCGACGACGCGGAGCAGGAGGCGGCGGUGGCAGAGGCCGAGGAGUGGUGCCAGCGGCGCGGCGGGCUGCCGCACUUCAUCGUGCGCGGCCUGGAGGACCUGCACACCAUCCAUGCCGCUUUCCUGGAGGCGCUGCGGCUGGCGCUGAGGGGACACAGCGAGCUUUCGCCUAUGCAGGCAAGCAGGGCCUCAUUGCAGGCAGAAAACAGCGAGCUGAUCCCGGCGCUACACAGGCUCGAUGGCCAGCCUGCCUUGGUGCGCCAGGCCACCUAG